AUGGGAAAGAUAGCGAAGACCAUGCAAGCUAAGCACAAGGAGACCAUGUCUUCUUGGUUGCAGGAGUUCGUUAAUAAAGCGACCUCCACACCCUUACCUCUUUUACCCAAAGUUCUUGCGACAUUCCCUUCUCGAUGGCCUUUUCCACGGGGUGAUCUAUAUCACUGGAUCCCGUUACUGAAUCGCUUCGAUGAGCUCCUAGAAUCCUUCUGUUCCAUAUAUAAGUUGAACGAAGGCCCUCAGAAUAGGGACUUUGGCUGCGAAGUUCUAUUAGGAUCGGGCUCUGCCGACGGCGAGGAAGUGUCAGGCGGCCUAGAUAAGUUGAAGGAAUUAGGGUAUGGCGAGGACGGCGAUGUUGACCUUAUUGUCGCUAUCCUAGAGUUUACUCAAAUGCUCCUGGACCACUGUGGAAACCGCAGCAUCUAUGGCAGCAGUCCUCACCUGAACGACCUUCUAAACAGUACCAACUUCACCGUUAUCUGUGCCACUCUGCGGGUGGGCGUGGAACUUGCCCAGCGUUAUCAGGCAUCGGUGAAACGCAUUCACGGGAUCUCAGCCCGGCAGGUGCACCCGUCCCUCCUCUCAAACCAUUACAAUAUAGAUCUUGACCGCGUGCUGCAACUUGCACAGCCAUUUGUUAAGACGCCUCUCUCUAAAUCCGCUGAGCCUUCACUCCUCUCUACCCCGGGUUCUUCCAGCAAGAAUAAAGAUAAGACUCAUGGUGGAACCCCUAAAAACGUGGCUACUAUGUAUGCCAACGACCUUUGCGCUCUUGCGAAGGCGGAUUCUACCGAAUCUCCUGGUUCCCAGACACGUUGGAGUGGCUGGGGCGAUGUUAAACUCACAUAUUAUCCUACUUCCGAUGUCUCUCCGGGGCCUACCCAACAUUCUCUGCCCGAUCGAGUUGUAACUACGAAUGCGCCUUCAACGCCGACACCUCUGAGACGAAGUAGCACGACCGGCGUGGCACAGUCUACCCCGCGUACGGGCCGCCAGGGAGCACCGGACGAUAGCCCAUCCUCCGUUUCUCGAUCUCUAGCCGUAGGCCGGGACGAGAGUUCCCCACCUGGACAGAAGUCUCUAGAGAUAUCUCAUGCCACGGUGUGCUCAACAUCCAUCUACGAGCUCCUAGCUAGGGCACCAGCAGAUCUUCCGAAGGAGACUAAGUACGAGUUUUUGAACCGUCUCAGGAUCGCUAAGGCGCUCACAGGAACGGCCGAAUCUCGGCGACAGGCACUGAAGGCACGCUUGUUGGCUAUCCAAAAUCUGGCAUAUAUUCACAUAGAGUCUACCUUCGUCGAGAAAGUUCUCAGGCAGGACAAUGAUGAGCCGCGGCGGUUCCAGCUUGUAUACCAGCUUGCGGAAUUGAUUCAUCCAGCGGCAGAUGGAGCCACGGUAGUGCCUAUUGACUUACAGUCGAUUGCGUUAUCUCUACUAGAAGCAAUCGCUGGUUUUCACAACAAGCUGCCCGAUAUAUUUUCCGCACUAAACGCUACUGUGAACCACGGCGUGUUGCUUUAUGUUAUCAGGAAGGCCGUAGACCAGAUGAAGAAUGACAAUGACGCCCCUGGAGAGCGGUAUACUGCGGAAGAUGAAUGGCGUGAUAACCUUUUCUCCCUCACACUUCAUAUCACGAUGGCUAUGGCCCAUAAUACUAACCGCAGCACACCUGAGAUCAUCUCAGCUGGAUUGCUGGAUGUUAUAGUUGAGGUCCUCAACAUUAGGUCAAAUAAAGCAGAACGCACAUAUGGCACCUUGGUAGGAUUCCUAGACAAUCUGGUUUAUAAUGUCCAGACGUCGUUUCAGACCUUGAUACAUGCGGGUGGCCUUGACGCUAUCACCAACUUAGUUACUCACGAAGUUGAACUAGCAGAGAAGCUUAUUAUGGAGGGCAGAGGAACACCUCCCACCCAUCGUUCUCAGGUUGUUGAUUACGAGAUACCCUUUUAUCAACAACAGAACCUAAAGUUUAUCCUGAAAUUCAUCCACCAUGUGAUGUCUAAUGCCUUUUCAUUUGGUGGAAACACCGAUCGACUAUUGAGGAACCUCGUCGAUAAAUCUGCACUGCUUCAUAGUAUGCGCGAAAUCAUCGAGAACAUGACGAAGUUUGGCUCUAUCGUGUGGACAAAUGCGGUCAUCAUUUUGAGCGACUUCCUUAACAACGAUCCCACGAGCUUUUCGGCCAUCUCCGAAGCAGGCCUGAUCCAGAGCUACCUGCAAGCUCUAACACGUCGUCCCGUGCAGGCGGAACAAACCAGUGCAAUAGACUCAGCCCAGUCUCACAAUCGGGACGAGAGUCCCGAAUCACCUUCGGAAGUUUCUACCCCUGAUCUCCUUGAAUCCGAUAAUCGUCCACACCCUCCGUCAUUGGAUGAUUUGGAAGCCCCUCGCGAAGGUCUGGCUCGGGGCAUUUUGCCAAACUCAGAGCCCAUCACGAAUGUUCCAGGCGUUUUGAAUGCCAUUUCUCUAAACAAUGUUGGCAUGAAAAUGGUCGUUGCCUCUCGCGCAUUUGACAGCUAUUUUGAGAUUUUUGAGAGCCCUGAGCAUGUGCGAGUGAUGGCGGCUGAUGAGAGCGUAGCGUCUAAUGUCGGUAGCGGCUUCGAUGAGCUCGCUCGUCAUCAUCCGUCCCUUAGACCAGCUAUAGCAAAUGCAGUAUUAGAUAUGGUUGCUCGAGUCGCCCAUCUCGCCAAGGUCAAGGCAAGGGAUUCUCAAUGGGGAGCCAAACUUCUUGUGAAGGACUCAAAAGGUCGAGAAGUAAUUGCGAAUGAAGCUCUAUUGCGCGAAACUGGAGAGGCCGUAUUGGAUAAGGGCAAAGGCAAAGCUGUCGCUACCGAGGGUGAAGCUGAUGUGAAAAUGGCAGAUGCAAGCGUGCAGCAAGCGGAAACUGAAGAAUCGACGGCAUUCAGUUCCACGGUUGAUAACUCCAUCACGCCUUAUAUCUAUGCAAUUUCCAACUUCUUGUCCCAAUAUAUCACUAACACGAACCUCAAGAUGAAUCUGAUCAACAAUGGCGGGAUAGAGUUACUCCUUGAUCUUAGUACUUCCCCAAGUCUACCGCAUGACUUUGGAGAUUCUCUAGCAUCCCGAAAUUUACAGGCGGUAUUAUCCAUGUUGAUGGAGGCAAGCCCGAUUAUAGGGUUACCUUCUCUGCUAAAAAGGACCCAGGCUGAGAUUGAUGUGCUUCAGCCGAUUACUCAAGCUCAGGAACCGGGCUCAUACUUCCUACCGUUUCUUAAGGCUGAUGCAGGUUUAGCGGACCAAGCCAACCGCGACGUUGCGGAUCAGCUUUCUCGAGGCACUCGGCUGGCAAAGGCGCUCUUAAAUACCCAAACCCUUAUAAAGACGUUAUAUCAGUGCUUCCCUUUUUCGUCACGAUCGCAGACCGUAACGCUGCAACCGGUUAAUGUUUUCGACUACUAUGGCCGCUUGAUUGAGUCUCUUGGCCCGUUACUGCGCGCUGUCAUUUUGGAAGAGGCGGCUAUUUCUAGCAGUGUUCCUGAGAAUUGGUCGAUUAGAAAAGCAGGUCAUUCUAUGGAUCGGCAAGGUCAAGCAAACAGUGGCGCUACAUCAAGCAGCGGAAAUGUUAUGACUGCUGAGCUCGAUGACUCAGGCUUACCGGAUGUCUUAUCGUCCAGCGCCCUAUGGAAACUCUCAACGGCUAAGACCACCGGCCCAAAUGAUGGCCCCUCUGAGAGCGAGCAAUCCAGUCCGCGCUAUCAGAACUACAGGACUCUUCGUCUUUUGUUGCACUCAUUAAUGCCUGCCACAUUCCCACUCUUUCAAACCUUAGGGAAAGCCCUGUUACCCCGUCGUGAACGAGAUCUCUACUUACGAGCCCAUCACAUGGUAUUAGCAGAGCAGUUGGCCAAGUCGAUCUUGGCACAAUUCCAAUUACCGGAUCGUGAAAAGACGAGCAAGGACUUCCACUACUGGAUCAUCAUGCUGCAUGCCGUUCAUGAAAUGCUGGUAAACCGUACAAUAGAGUCUCGUUCGGAGCGGCAAUCUGCAAACCAGAUAAUUGCGCCUGUUCUGAUCGCGUUUAAGAAAUUUGGCGGGCUAGAACUCCUUAACUCAAUGCUGCGUAUAUUCAAAAAUGAGAUCUGCAGAGAGGACAAGGAUGGAGAGGGUUCUUCUAUGUCGCGACUCGCCGUUAUAGGCAUGAAGAAGAUAUUGGAUCUGUACAUCAUGACAGUUAACGGGAAAGUCAUCACGGACUCUAUAAGCCAAGUUAAUGUCCUUACGCGGUGUGGUGGAGCCACCGAUAGGCGAGCUGACUCUCUAGUUGCCCCGAACUUGGUGGUUGAGUUACGGAUGGCAAUCCUACCGGUAAUGAGAGAGCUUUGGGAGUCUCCGUUGGUUGAGAAAGGCUCCGCCCCUAUCCUCGCGAAAAUCAUCUUGAUCCUGAAGUCCAUUUCCCUUGCUGACUCUGAAAGCAACGCGUAUAAACGUUCGGAUAAGAACACUCCUCAGGCAUACCUUCAGGCUACACCGCUUCGAUUUUCUUGGCCAGCGGUCGUCGACCACAUCAGGGAAGUUGUCAGUGACGCUGCCUGUUCUGAAGAACUUGCUCGUGAGGGUAUUUAUCGGGCCAACGGUAGUCGGCAAAUAGCUGUCGAGUACUGCAGAGUACACGAAUCGGGCGUGGCUGGUACCCGUAACCCCAUACCCGAGCGAGAUUUACCAGAGAAUGCAGUACCCAAUGAGAUUGCCGCUUACAUCCAGGCCAGUGAGGGCGCUACCGACGAUGAUCCUAUGGUCUUAGACCAAACUCCGGAAAUACCCUCAGGAAUUUUACUUGAUGAGGAUAUCUUAAGCGAUCUAGGGCAGGCUGUAACUCUGUCAAACAACGGCCGUGAUACGCCAGUCCCUCCUCUGGUCCCUCGGGAUGAUGAUGGAGCAGCGUCGUCAUCAACCUCACCUGCGCAGGGUCCCUCAGCUGAGGUGAACACAGAAACAGAUCUCGCGAAGAGAGGUGUUGUUGCCAAAGAAGAUUUGGAUGAAGAGCGUGCUAAAUUACGCCAGAACCUCAUUGAUAGAUGUCUGGAUGUUAUAAGAGCACAUCCUGACUCAACAUACGAGGUUUCGGAGUUAAUCUCUUCUAUCAUUCUUCGAACCCCCGGGGACGAUUUAUCUUCGAGACAAGAAAUAGGGGAGACAUUAAUCAACGCUCUCAUGUCGUUUGCGGGCGAUGAUGAUCUGAAAGAUAACGGACGAAGCAUUGCUGCAUAUGCCCAUCUUUUGUCUCUACUGCUCCAAGACAAGAGUUUCUUCCGAGCGACAGUCGACACACUUAAAGGGAACGUGGGCGAAUUCUUGCGAUUUCUUGAAGUCCCAUCGUCUCCCUCUACUGAUGAACUCCCCCCUUGGAUACCUUAUAUCCUCCUCAUUUUCGAGAUUCUCCUCAGUGACGACGAGCAACCUGGAGAGAUUAAGUGGAAGAUCCCAACAUCUGAAAGCGAGCAGAUUGAACCUUUCCAAUGGCCCUUAAAAGAUUUCAACGUGAAAGAAGACAAACGCCAGAAGCUCCUAGGCUCGGUACUAGAGAUAUUACCUCGGAUUGGCAAGGAAGAAUCUUUGGCUGUAUCUGUCUUGCGGAUCUUGGUUAUCCUGACCCGUGAUCGUUCGAUAGCACGAUUGAUUGGCGACAAGAAGAAUCUGCAGCGGCUGUUCGUCACGGCUAAGCAACUUUCUGGCGUCGGAGCAGCACGUCUUAGCGAAACCCGAAUCGCGUCUUAUCUCCUGACUAUCCUUCGACAUAUUGUCGAAGAUGAAGAGGUUAUUAAGCAAAUAAUGAGAAGUGAAAUCAAAGCCUACUUUACCGCCGGUAGGAAUACACGACCUGUAGAUGCGGCUGGUUUUAUUAGAAGCUUUUCUCAACUAGCGCUCCGUGAUCCCAAGCUGUUUAUCCAGGUCGCAAAUGAGACGGUAAAGUUGAGCCGAUGGUUUCCCUCAGAGAAUGGCCACGGACGUGGCCAGUCGGUAGUCCUCAAAGAAACGGAAUUGAGUCCCCCGAAGGAUGAUGUGGCACCUACCGUUCGCGCCACCGAGGAUUUAUCGAUCCAGGAUGUGAAGCCGUCUACGGAAGGCGAAGACAAGCAGAUGGUAGACACGACCAAGUCUCAUCAGCAAGAUACUAAACGUCCCGUACUUGAAAAUCCUGAUGGCGUUGUCCAUUUCCUGCUCUGCGAGCUGCUGAACUACAAGGAAGUCGAUGAUAAGGAGCCAGCGCAACCUCCUAAGGAAGCUAAAAAGCCAGCUGAUCAAACAUCGUUUACUUCUACUUCUGGUGGAGCUCUUGAAGGCGAGGAUAACAAAGAGAAGAAAGCCAAACCUACAUUCAAGGCCGAAGAGCAUCCUAUCUUCAUUUACCGCUGCUUCCUGUUACAUUGUCUAGCAGAAUUAUUACAAAGCUACAACCGCACGAAGGUUGAGUUUAUCAACUUCAAGAGGAGCCAGCCGCUUUUCGCGAAUACUCCUGUCAAACCACGAUCUAGCGUUUUAAAUUAUCUUCUGAAUGAUCUCCUUUAUUCGAGCCACAUGGACAAUACUUCGGAUGCGGUCAUGUAUAAGAAAAGAUACGCCACAUCCGUACAGACACUAAAUCUCCUAGUCGCCCUUGUUAGCAAGACAGGCGAGAAGCCGGUUAAGCUAGGCCGAGACAAAUAUGAUUAUGACGACGAGCCAGAUCUAGUGUUUGUACGAAAGUUCGUUUUGGACACAGUGCUCAAGUCGUACAAAGAUGCCGCCACGUCUAGCGAACCAUUCGACAUCCGAUACGCAAAAAUGCUGGCUUUGGCAGAGGUCAUGCAUCUGAUGAUGGGUGAUAAGGACAAGGAUAGCCCAGCAUCAUCUCGAAAUGCUCACGAUCCCGUUGAAAGAUCGCAAGCACAAAUUCGACGUCUUAUGUAUGAAAAGGGCUACCUUACCGCGCUUACUUCCUCUAUCGCCGACAUUGAUCUUGCGUUUCCGCCUGUGAAACGAACGAUUAAAUACAUCCUUCGCGUGUUGCGGAUCCUGACUAGCACAGCCAUUCAUCUGAGCCAUUCGAACAUCAUUCCUACAGUUCCGACUCAGGAGAAUUUCGACGAGGAAACGUUCUCAGCAAGCUCUCUUUCGGAUAUUGAUGAUGGUCGAGAAGAGACCCCAGACCUUUAUCGAAACUCGGCUCUCGGCAUGUUGGAACCUGGUAGGGAUCCAGACGAGGACUAUUCAGAAGAUUCGGAAGAUGAUGACGAUGAAGAGAUGUACGACGACGAGUAUGACGAUGACAUGGGAUAUGAAUCAGAAGAUCGCGAAGAGGACGUUAGCGAAAAUGAGGACGAUGAACUCGAAGGCAUGGGCCCCAUCGAGGGAUUAUCAGGAGAUCACGGUGUCAUCGAAGUCACAAUGGAUGACGACGACGACGACGACGAAGACGACGACAUGGAUGAAGACGAUGAGGAUGAUAGUGAGGACGAUGACCUUGACUCUGACGACAUGGAUGAAACAGAAGACCGCAUCGAGAUUGUUGAUGAUGAAGGCAAUCCACUUGAAGAUGACGGCGUUUCAGGAUGGGAAAGCGACACCGAUGACGAGGAAGAAGACGAUGACGAGGACGUAGAGGAGAUUGACUACGAUGCAGAAGCUCAGGAGCUCCAAGAAGCUGCUGAGCUAAGAGACCUAGAUGGUGUUGACGGAUUGGGUCGAUUCGGGAACAUUAUGCGUGCUAUUGAAGAAGAGAACUUUGAGCAUCCCGAUGAGCUCAACGCCCUCAACGAGCGCUUUAUGGAAGAUGAGGAUGAGGACGAAGACGAGGACGAAGAGGACGAUAUGGAGGACGAAUACGCAUAUGAGGAUGACUUCCCUAAUGAUGCGCCGCCUCGCGAUGCUGGACCCCCUAGUUUGGGGUGGGAUACCCUUGUGGUAGAACCGCAUGGAGCUAUUCUCGGCCACCCUCAUCGAAAUCGACAUGGAACCCGCAGUCCUUUCCCUCCUAUUCCAUUUAUGAUGGGAUCUCGAGAGAUGGCUUUUGGUGAUCCGCGAGGUUUUGUACGCAAUCGACACGAUACGCGACCUAAUAAUAACGAAGAUGGGCUGAAUCCUCUACUCCGCCGAGGGAACGAGGCUGGUAGAGACGGAUCUCCUCGUCCACCUCACCUUGGUGGCCUAGUUCGAUUGGGAUUUCCUGGCGGUCUCUUUGGAGGUAGUACCAUUGACAGUCCAAUCUCCCUUAUUAACGAUCUUGUGGCUUCCCUUCCCGCUUCGAUUCACCGCCACGGACAAGCUUUUCAUUUCCAGAUAACACAGGGGCCGCGGGGAGACAUACAUGACAUACACUUCCCAUUCAGUACUCCACGCGAAUCACGCUCAGAUAACCGUAGGGAAACGUACCAAGAACCUACCCAUGCAACCUCGUUCACAUCUGAAUCAACGGUGGCUCGGUGGACAGAAGAAGUGAAGAUGAUUUUCGGAAUUCAGCAUACGGAAAAGUCUCACCGCCUUGUCCCAGCGCUUCUUUCGUACCUUGUACCACCCGCCAUCCAACACGAAAAAGAGCUUAAAGCCAAAGAAGCGGAGCGUCAACGGCGACUAGAAGAGGAGCGUAAGAAGCGCGAAGAGGAAGAGAGGAAAGCACAGGAAGCUAAAGAGGCCGAGGAAAAAGCUGCCCGAGAAAAGCAGGAGGCCGAAGAACGUGAACGAGCAGCCGCUGAGUCUGCAGCACAAGCCCAGUCCCAAAUUACUACCGCUAUCCAGGAAGGCGAACAGGGUGAUCGCGGAGAGCCGGAAGCUAUGGAAGGCGUAGAAACAUCAGACGCGCCAGCGGAUGCCACAGAAAACGUACCGGCCGCCACCCAGCCACGCGCAUUCACUACUAUUAGAGGCGAACAAGUUGAUGUCACAGAACUGGGGAUUGACCCUGACUAUCUGGAGGCACUUCCUGAAGAAUUUAGGGAAGAAGUCAUUGCCCAAACCGUUAGUACGCGCAGGGCCGAAGCUCGAGAGGCACCUGGAGGAUCAGGGGAGCAGACCGAGGUAUUCCAGGAGUUCUUGGAUGCUUUACCAGAUGACCUUCGCCGCGAGAUCGUUCAACAAGAGAGGGCGGAGCAACGCCGGCGAGAGCGAGAGGAGGCACGACGCCAGACGGUCGUCUCUGGUCAAAUAGCAGAAGCCCAAGACAUGGAUACUGCCAGUAUACUAAUGACUUUCCCACCCGCUCUUCGUGAGCAAGUUCUCAUGGAUCAAGGCGCAGAAAUCAUUGACUCCUUGCCUCCUGAUCUCGCAGCCCAAGCUCGUCGGCUAGUUCGAACUACAAACCCUAUCGCCCAUCACGAUAGACCGGCUUCUGGCGCUAGCCGACCACGAGAUGGUGCUCAACCCAGUGGAACAACCGAGGGAGACAAACCUCACCGAAGAACAGUUGUGCAGAUGUUAGAUAAACCAGGCGUUUAUACCUUACUUCGUCUGAUGUUCAUCAAUAUGAAGGGUGGGUCUCUAGAGACAUCCUUAAGGUCAUUAUUCAAGGAUGUCUGCGAAAACCGGCAAACUCGAUUCGACGUCGUUAGCAAUUUACUCAAGAUUUUGCAAGAAGGUUCAACCGAUGUGGACGCUGUCGAGCGCAGUUUUGCGUCGCUGUCUAUCAAAGCCAAGCAGCCCAAAGAGAUCGACACCAAGACUCAAACGCCGCAAAGCUUGAAGCGCACAUUCACAAAUAUCAGCAGCGCCGGUCCUAUCCAGGCAAAUUCGGAGACAUCUCCACUCCUGAUUGUCCAACAGUGUCUUGAUCUCCUAUGUUACCUUGCGGAUCAAAACAUUCACGUGCCUUCUCUCUUCCUCACCGAGCAUGAAGGGGUUAUCACUACUGCUAUCAAACGUAGUCUCAGCCGCAAAGGAAAGGCCAAAGAUGUGAAGGCGAACAAAUACGCCAUCAACUCGUUGCUUGCUCUCCUGGAUCGCGAUCUUGUCAUGGAAAGUUCCUCUAUCAUGGAUAGCUUAUCACAACUACUAAGCCGAGUAACGGCCCCACUACUUGCUCUAGACCGCAAGCAAAAGGAAGCCGCAGAAGCUAUCAAGAAGCUCGACGCACAAGCCGCAAACCCAACGGAUCCCGGAGCCGCGCACGCAGGCUCUACGCCAGUAGCGGCGGAUAACGGAGAUGGUGCUGAGAGAAGCAACACAAACACAUCGGACUCAAAAGGUGAACAAUUAACAGGUGUCCCUGGUGGAGAGACUGCUCCAUCUGGCACCUCGGCUACAGAUGCCGAAUCUUCCAAGGCGUUAGAAAAGCAAGCGAUGCUUAAGCGAAUUAAGCAGCUACACCCACCAGUUAUCCCAGUACACAACCUGACUCUUAUCAUCAAAAUCUUCGUGGCUCGAGAGUGUAGUUCCAAGACCUUCAAGGAAACCCUAUCGACAAUUAAGAAUCUUUCUGUGAUUCCCGGAGCAAUGUUGGUAUUUGGCGAAGAGCUCGCUCGUCAAGCCCAGCUCUUAAGCGAGAAGAUCGUCGUUCAUCUAGACGAGUUAUUGCCACACAUUCAGAAUGCUGCUUCAGGCACCGAGAUCCAGGGAGUCGCUUUGGCAAAGUUUUCUCCUGGUGCUUCCGACCAGAAUAAACUUCUUCGGGUGUUAACAGCCUUGGAUCAUCUAUUCGCCCAGAAGAAGCCAGGUGCAACAGAAGGCUUUGAUUCUGAUGACACUAAGAAGCGAGACCUACUCGCUACUCUCUACCGUAAUCCCACCUUCAACGCCUUAUGGGAGAAGCUGAGUGCCUGCCUGAGCGCAAUUCGUCAGCGCGAUAGCCUACUUAAUGUAGCCACAAUUCUUCUUCCCCUAAUCGAGGCCCUGAUGGUCGUCUGCAAGGAUACUGCCCAAAACGAGGCAUCUUCUCAGAGCCAAGCCAGCAAAGAGAUGGUGCUUACAAGCCCACAGCCGGAAUCACAUUUAGCAGGCCUAUUCUUCACCUUUACAGAAGAGCAUCGUCGGAUCUUGAAUGAGCUUGUUCGCAACAACCCAUCCCUAAUGAAAGGCACUUUUUCGCACCUUGUUAAGAAUCCCAAAGUCCUGGAGUUCGAUAAUAAACGCAGCUGGUUUAACCGUAGCGUUCACAAUAAACAACACGUCAGCCAACGGCCACAUCCGUUAUUACAGCUACAAGUUCGCCGAGAACAUGUCUUCCAUGACUCCUUCAAGUCGCUAUACUUUAAAACAGGUGAGGAGAUGAAGUUCGGGAAACUGAGUAUCAGAUUCCAUGGAGAAGAGGGUGUAGACGCCGGUGGUGUCACCCGAGAAUGGUUCCAGGUUCUCGCACGUCAGAUGUUUGACGCCAACUAUGCCCUGUUCGUGCCCGUUUCUAGUGAUCGGACAACCUUCCACCCCAACAAGCUCAGUGGUAUAAACGAUGAACAUCUCAUGUUUUUCAAGUUUAUCGGAAGAAUCAUCGGCAAGGCUUUGUAUGAAGGUCGUCUACUUGACUGCUACUUCAGUCGCGCGGUUUACAAACGAAUAUUAGGAAAACCAGUCUCAGUCAAGGAUAUGGAAUCAUUUGAUCCGGAUUACUACAAGUCGCUCUCUUGGAUGCUGAACAACGACAUCACUGAUAUUAUUACUGAGACGUUCUCGGUUGAGGAUGACGAGUUUGGAGUUACCAGGAUCCACGACCUCGUCGACAAUGGUCGCAACGUGCCCGUGACAGAAGACAACAAGCAUGAAUAUGUGCGCCUGGUGGUUGAGCACAAGCUACUCACUUCAGUGAAGGAUCAGAUGGAGAAUUUCCUCAAAGGCUUCCACGAAAUCAUCCCUGCUGAACUUAUAUCUAUCUUCAACGAGCAGGAGCUAGAACUGUUAAUCUCUGGUCUGCCGGACGUGGAUAUCGAUGAUUGGAAGAGUAACACAGAGUACCACAACUACUCGCCAUCUUCCCCGCAAAUUCAGUGGUUCUGGCGCGCAGUGAGAUCAUUCGACAAGGAGGAACGCGCGAAGCUCCUUCAAUUCGUUACAGGAACCAGUAAAGUACCACUUAAUGGUUUUAAGGAGCUCGAGGGCAUGAAUGGAGUCAAUCGAUUCAACAUCCAUCGCGAUUACGGGAAUAAAGAUCGCCUUCCAAGCUCCCAUACCUGCUUUAACCAGCUCGACCUCCCCGAAUAUGAGAGCUAUGACAUUCUUCGCAAGCAGGUCCUUAAAGCCAUCACUGCUGGUAGCGACUAUUUCGGCUUCGCCUAA